UUGUCAUCAGUACUCACCACAACCAUCAACACCAUGGCAGACAUCACCACCAACGCCACCAUCCACUCCUUUGGCGGCCGCUUCCUCAAGCUCACCCACCAGUCCAGCCUCACCGGCGGCCCCAUGAACUUCACCCUCUUCCUGCCGGCCGGCAUCUCCGCCUCCGACCCGGCCCCGCUGCUCAUCUACCUCUCCGGCCUGACCUGCACCCCGGACAACGUCACCGAAAAGGGCUUCCUCCACGCCCACGCCGCGCCCCUCAAGCUGGCACUGCUCUACCCGGACACGUCGCCGCGCGGCUCCGACCACCCGGGCGAGCACGACGCCUGGGACUUUGGCAGCGGCGCGUCCUUUUACGUCGACGCCACGCAGCAGCCGUGGGCCAAGAACUACCAGAUGGAGACGUACAUCACCGACGAGCUGCCCGACGUCGUCUUCUCGCACUUCAAGGAGCUGGACCCCAAGCGCGUGUCCAUUGCGGGCCACUCCAUGGGCGGGCACGGCGCCCUGACGCUGUAUCUCAAGAACCCGGGCAAGUACCAGAGCGUCAGCGCGUGGUCGCCCAUUUCGAACCCGUCGGCGUGUCCCUGGGGAGAAAAGGCCUUUACGGGGUAUCUCGGCAAGGACAGGGAGGAGUGGAAGAAGCACGAUGCGACGGAGCUGGUGAAGCACUGGAAGGGGCCUCUGAAUGCCCUGCUUGACGUGGGCACUGGCGAUAAUUUUUACAAGCAGAGACAGCUUCUGCCUGAGAACUUUGCCGAGGCUGUCAAAGCAACGAGCAUCGAGGGCCUGCAACUGCGAUACCAGGAGGGCUACGACCACUCAUACUUCUUCAUCUCUACUUUUGGCGAGGAUCACAUUAAGCAUCAUGCUAAGCAUCUGGGUCUGUUGUAAGAAAAGCUAUGAAAAGGCAUGCAUGAUUUGUUGAGGAAAGUACCUAUGUGUCAUCGGAGAAUCAGAGUUUAUUGAUACGAAGGAAAAGAGUUAGUCAGUAAAAAAAAAAUUGUAUGAUAUGAUAGAAUGACGAGUUGGUUCAAGUUCUGUUG